UGCACUGCAUUGCACCUACACACAUCAGAAGAUUUGAAGAUGAAGGUCUCCUAUGUUGCUGCUGCAGCCCUGCUUGCCCUGGUGUACUGCUGCUCUCAGGUGCAAUGCCAAAGUUUCACCCUACCAACUGAAUGCUGUUUCGGCUAUUCCAGCAAACAAAUUCCUGCCAAAAGAAUAAAGAGCUAUAAAAUCACCCACCCCAACUGCCGUAAAAAGGCUGUACUGCUCACCACACUCAACAACAGCAAGGUGUGUGCCGACCCAGACGCCAAGCAUACCAAGGAGAUCAUGGAGAAAUUGGACAUGAAGAACUUGUUUGGUACUCUUUCUACGACUGCCAUUCCAACCAACGUUACCAACGUUACCAAUGUGACCAAUGCAACCUAUGUGACCAAGAUAUAAUCCAUGCACCUCAAGUCUACUCCACAACUCCUCUCUUAAAUGAUAUUGACCUUGACCUCUGUACUUAAAAUUGUCUUCUAUUGAAUAUAGUGCCAUGUAGUUGCUUUAUAUACCUUGAAUUAUAUUUUAGCAAUGUGAUGUCCAGACUAAGUAUCGUUAUGUUUGCCUCUGCUUUGUGCCUAAAAAACAAUAGUAAUGACAAUGAUUGUUCUGAAAAGCUUUUUGCACAUGACUCUGUAAUUAUU